AUGAGCUCUGCACGAGAGGAUCAGAAAGAUGAAGAGAUGUUGCAGUCUUCGCCGAUACAGGAGGAGCACCGGCCUCUGAUCAGACAGAGACUCGAUCACUUCACAUGGGCGUGGUUUUCGGCCACGAUGGCGACCGGAUCACUGGCCAAUGUCAUCUAUCAGACGCCCUACAAAUUCCACGGCCUGGUCACAAUCGGCAAAGUCAUCUUCAUCAUUGAUCUGGUCAUGUUCGCGUCAUUUACAGCGUUGAUAAUGAGAAGGUUCAUCAUGGCCCGCGGUUCGUUUCGACGGUCGUUCAUCCAUUACGGGGAGGCCUUCUUCGUCGGCACAUUCUGGGUCUCGGUCAGCCUGAUCAUUCAAGGUGCAGACUCAUAUGGUCACUAUGCUGGUUGCGGGCCUUGGCUCAACACAGCGACCAAGAUAUGCUUUUGGGUUUACUGCAGCCUUACUCUGCUCUUUGCGGUUUUUCAGUACAACCUCCUGUUUGUCACCCAGCGGAUCAGCAUACAAGGGAUGACACCAGCUUGGAUCCUGCCUAUGUAUCCUCUUAUAGUCGCAGGACCACUGGCUGGGGCGGUUCUUCAACACCAACAACCGUCAGCCGGGAUUCCUAUUUUUGUCGCCGGAGUCACAUUCCAAGGCCUCGGGUGGAUGGUCACCGUCUUCCUGUACGCGAUUUGGGUCAUUCGUCUGUUCUCUGCCGACCUGCCGGUGCCAUCUCUGCGUCCUGGCAUGUAUGUUGCAGUGGGACCGACGGCAUAUACGGCUGCCGGGCUGGUCAUGCUCUCCCAACGGGCGACGUCGAUACUCCCCGUUGAUUUCCUCGGUGUCAAGAAUGUGUCGGCACCUGAUGUUCUACGCGUCGUUGGCAGCAUUGCAGGAGUUUUCCUUUGGUUGCUUGCGUUUUGGUACUGCGCCAUCACCACCGUCUCUGUCUUCGACGGGAUCAAGAGGAUGUCUUUCACGCUCACCUGGUGGGGGUUUGUUUUUCCCAACGCAGGACUUGCCCUUGCCACGACGGCAGUUGGGACGGCGUUGGACAGUCCUGGCAUUAAAUGGGUCAGCAGUGUUAUGACUGCCUUACUGUUCGUGCUGUGGCUCCUUGUGGGGGUUGCUCAUGGUCGGGCGGUGUGGAAGGGCCAGAUUUUGUGGGAGGGCAAGGACGAGGAUGCGUGA